AUCAUGGCGUCUCCCAGUGGGAAGGGAUCCCGGGCGCCGGAGGCUCCUGGCUGCGGGCCGCGGCCGCUCGCCCGGGACUUGGUGGACUCCGUGGACGACGCGGAGGGGCUGUACGUGGCGGUCGAGCGGUGUCCGCUGUGCAACACCACCCGCCGGCGGCUGACCUGCGCCAAGUGCGUCCAGAACGGCGAUUUCGUCUACUUCGACGGCCGCGACCGGGAGAGGUUUAUAGACAAGAAAGAAAGGUUAAGCCAACUUAAGAGCAAGCAAGAAGAAUUUCAAAAAGAAGUGUUAAAAGCUAUGGAAGGAAAAUGGAUAACAGAUCAGUUGAGAUGGAAAAUAAUGUCCUGUAAGAUGAGGAUUGAACAGCUGAAACAAACCAUCUGUAAAGGAAAUGAAGAAAUGAAAAUAAAUUCUGAAGGCCUUCUCAAAACCAAGGAAAAGAAUCAGAAGCUCUAUACUCGAGCACAGCGGCAUCAAGAGAAAAAGGAGAAGAUUCAGAGGCACAAUCGCAGACUUGGUGACCUGGUAGAAAAAAAAACCAUUGACUUAAGAAGUCAUUAUGAGCGUCUGGCAGAUCUUCGGCGAUCUCAUAUAUUAGAGCUCACCUCUGUCAUUUUUCCAAUCGAGGAAGUAAAGACUAGUGUGAGAGAUCCUGCAGAUGUGUCCUCAGAGAGCGACAGUGCCAUGACCUCCAGCACCGUGAGCAAGCUUGCUGAAGCCCGGAGGACGACUUACCUCUCGGGAAGAUGGAUCUGUGACGAUCACAAUGGGGACACCAGCAUUAGCAUUACAGGGCCUUGGAUUAGCCUUCCCAACAACGGGGACUACUCUGCAUACUACAAUUGGGUGGAAGAGAAGAAAACCACGCAGGGGCCUGACAUGGAGCAUAGUAACCCCGCUUACACGAUCAGUGCUGCAUUGUGCUAUGCGACUCAGCUGGUCAACAUUUUGUCUCAUAUACUUGACAUAAAUCUCCCUAAAAAGCUGUGCAACAGUGAAUUUUGUGGGGAAAAUCUCAGUAGACAGAAAUUUACUCGAGCAGUGAAGAAACUGAAUGCAAAUAUUCUUUACCUGUGCUUUUCUCAGCAUGUAAACUUAGAUCAGUUACAACCACUGCAUACUCUCAGGAACCUAAUGUACCUGGUCAGUCCGAACUCUGAACACCUGGGCAGGUCGGGACCCUUUGAAGUGCGAGCGGACCUGGAGGAGUCCAUGGAGUUCGUGGAGCCCGGCGUCGCCGGGGAAUCGGCUGAGAGCGGCGACGAGCGCGUCAGUGAUGAGGAGACCGACCUGGGCACGGACUGGGAGAACUUGCCGAGCCCGCGGUUCUGCGAUAUCCCUUCGCAGCCCGUGGAAGGCUCCCAGAGCCAGAGCGGCCAGCUGUCCCCGCCCGGCGCGAGCAGCAGUGCCGGGGGCAUGAUCUCGUCCGCCGCGGCCUCGGUCACGUCCUGGUUUAAGGCGUACACUGGACACCGCUAGUGCGCGCGGACCGAAACGCGCCAGGUUUGUGUCCAGGUUGCUCUUCCACUGUGCUCCGGUGCACUUCGUGUGUUCAGCUAGGCUAGUGCCUGGGACAAAAAGAGGUUAAACUGUUGGGGGUUUUUUUUAAAGCAGGACACAAGCAUUUCUGUGUAUCACAUGGCUGAUGGGGGUGACCCACAUGCUUAUAAUAGAACAGCCGGGUCAGAGGUCCUUCUGCCCAGACCCGUGUUGGCGGAAGAAAGACGAGUGUGUGUUCCGUUCCGUUGAAGCGGAAAAUGCUUUGGGCUCCCUUCGGCCACGGGCCACAGGACCCGCAGAGGCGGGCUGACACAUCGGUCCUUGUGAUGCCGAGACUGUUCCUGAACACUUCACAUUGUAGAAGCUGAAUCACAAGGAAGUGAUUCUUGAGGAGUAGGACUUGAAAGAUAAAACCUGUUUCGUACGAGUUUGUGCUUAUGCCAUCAUUUUUUGUACCAGCAGGCGAUUUGAAAUACUUGGUUUCUUUAGAAUCUGGUCAUGUUUGGUUUUUAGGUCAAGGAUGUUGGUUUUGUUUGGAAGG